AUGUGUCCUCCAGCUUUUCACUUCAAGGAUUUGGGGUAUGAUACUUUGACAAAAGACGCCGCGAAAAUCGUCAAGGCCGAAUGUCUUAGACUAAGGAAGCACAAAAUAAUUCAAGACAAAAAGUAUUUUCCCAUGACGUACGAGUUCGCGGGUCGACACACCAGUACCAUCCAUCAAGAACUCCGCAAGCUCGACUACGUCUCAACAGGGGAACUCAUCUUCAGGGCGAUUGAUGGACCCGAGAUUAUGUACGCAUGGCAAUUCAGGGAAGCUUUCGCGCAGACCGUUGGCCAAGCCCAGGAGUGUGACCUGUUUAGCAGGGCAGAAGCUCUUCAAGAAUGCAAGAUCAAGUACCAAACCUAUAGCGUCGGCGUCUCUACAGAGCCGGAAGUUUUGACACUAGGCGACCUCGUCCCCUUCUUUCUCAUCUGGUGUGUGGGACUCGGUGCAGCGGUACUCAUCCUUGUGCUUGAAGUGGCUUCGGCUUAUUUACGUGUCUUGUGUGUAAAGCCCAGACGCCGCAACAAACAAGUUUUGUUUAAGAAGCCCAGACCCUUCAAACGGCGUAAACAGAGACUGGACAUGAAUCAGUGUUUGGCUUACUGA